AUGAAUAUACUUAAAGGAGCCAUCGCUGGAUAUGGACCCAGGAAAAAUGUAGUCCUUGGCCUCGUAAGGCUUGCUUCAACUUCGUCGUCCGGUGCAUCUUCUUCUAGUGUAAAGGAUACAGCCAUUACGGAAGAUGAGAUGUCACAUUUUAAUGCUCUUGCUUCGUCCUGGUGGGACGUCGAUGGCCCGCAAAGAAUCUUGCAUAAGAUGAACUUGUUGAGAAUGGAUUUCAUUCACACCACGAUAAGAGAACAUUUACAGUUGAACGAGCCUAAUACUCCAGUAGAAGAUGAGAUCUAUGUUCCUGCCUAUGGGCUUGAGUUGCUACCAAAGCCAAUUAGAAACAGAAUAAUAAGUGAACAAGAAAAUAAAAGAGACGAGAUCUUGGGGAAGAGUAAGUUGAAGGCAUUGGAUGUGGGAUGUGGAGGUGGGAUCCUCACCGAAUCGUUGGCAAGGUUAAGCUUCAUUCAUUCAGUGAAGGGGAUUGAUUUAUCGUCCGAUGUGCUACAGGCCGCUAAGGUGCACCAAUUGAAGGACCCACAGCUCACCAAAUUGCAGUACGAAUUAAAGGCGAUUGAAGACUUGCCGCUGAACCAGCAAUAUGACAUCAUUACCAUGUUUGAAAUGUUGGAGCAUGUAACGUACCCUGCCAAGGUUUUGGAGGAGGCAUUGCUGAGAGUUAAAGUAGGCGGUUGGGUAUUCAUUUCCACUAUAAACAGAGAUUUUGUAAGCUGGUUUACCACGAUCCUCAUGGGAGAGCACUUAUUGAAUAUUGUGCCCGUAGGAACUCAUACCUUGGACAAGUACAUUAACCAAACAGAGAUCAAAGACUGGAUCGAGCUGGAUUCAGACAGGAGUGAGAAGUAUAAGGUAGUGAGAGCAGAGGGUUGUAUAUACUUGCCAGCAUAUGGAUGGAAAUUCACCGAGAACCCCAACGUGGGGAAUUACUUCAUGGCAAUCCAAAGAAAGAAGUAG